AUGCAUAGUCAAAUCUUCUUACAACUCCUGAUCAUCGUUGUUAUUCUCGUACUCGUUCAUCGACUCAGUCGAGCCCUCUUCUCGCCACUCAAAGAUAUUCCUGGUCCUUUUUGGGCCCGUUUCACCAAAUCAUGGUACUUCAAUCGCGUGCAGAAAGGUGGGUUUGAGCAAGACAAUAUUUCCCUUCAUCAAAAAUACGGUCCCGUCGUACGCGUUGCCCCAAACCAGUACAGCAUCAGCGAGGCAGCCGCUAUCAAGACGGUCUAUGGGAAUGGGUCGCGGUUUGCCAAAUCGGCUUGGUAUGAUGCCUGGAAGCAUCCGGCGCAGUGGACUGUGUUCGCAGAUCGUGAUAUCAAAAGACAUGCCGAUAAUCGAAAACGCUUCACGAAUCUGUACUCGAUGAGUUCGCUGGUGCAUUAUGAGGGAUUUGUGGACCAUUGUGCGGAUAUCUUUAUGGAGCGACUCGACGAGUAUGCGGACAAAGGGCAGUCUUUGAACCUUGGUCAUUGGCUUCAAUGCUAUGCAUUCGAUGUUAUUGGAAACAUAACCUUCGGAGAGCGGUUCGGAUUUCUGGACCGAGGUCAUGAUAUUGACGGUGCCAUGGAUGCCCUGAACAAGGUAAUAAUGUACAGUACUCUGGCCGGUAUCUAUCCAGAGUGGCAUCCGCGACUCUUCGGCCUAUUAAGUCGAUUCAAAAGUUCCGGCGCAGGUGGACGAGCCUACAUCGCCAAUUUUGUACGAGAAAAGAUCCGGCUUCAUGAGUUGAAAAAGACAGAUUCUGAAGCUGUCGAUGAAACGCUUCAAGCUCAAGACUUCGUGGAUAGAAUGAUCACCGCCCGCAAUAAAGACCCAGAAAAAGUCACGGAUUACCAUCUCUUCAUUAUGGGUCAGUCUAAUGUGGCUGCGGGGUCUGAUACUACCUCGAUAAGUCUAUCUGGUAUCAUGUGGUAUAUCAUGCACAAUCCCGAGGUCCUACGCAAGUUACGUGAAGAAAUUGAUAAAUUCACCCUGCAGGGCAAAUGCAGUGCCAUGAUUACCUUCAAAGAAAGCCAAGAGAUGCCUUACUUUCAGGCUAUCGUGAAAGAGGCUCUCCGUAUGCAUAGCGCUACGGGUUUACCCAUGUGGAGAGUGGUCCCUGCUGGUGGUGCGGAGAUCGAUGGCCGGUUUUUCCCUGAAGGUACCGAAGUUGGCGUCAAUGCUUGGGUUGCGCAUUACGAUGAGCGAGUAUUCCCUGAUGCAAAAGUCUUCCGUCCUGAGAGGUGGCUGGAAACGGAAACUAGCCCUGAGCAAUUAAAGGUGAUGAAUCAGAUGUAUAUGCCGUUUGGUCUUGGUUCAAGAACGUGUCUGGGAAAACACAUUUCGAUCCUUGAGAUGUCGAAGUUGAUCCCGCGUCUGGUGAAGGCUUACGACUUCACUCCCUUGAGGAAGACAUGGAUGACGGAGAACUACUGGUUCGUGAAACCGACGAACUUCGAAGUGAAUGUGCGUAAGAUUUAG